AUGGAAAUGAAAACUGAUGCGUCUCUUCAAGGUUGGGGAGCUACUUGCCAAAAUAUUUCCACCGGAGGACUAUGGUCGUUUGACGAGAAACAUAAUCACAUAAAUUAUUUGGAAAUGUAUUCUAUUUUUCUAGCAUUGAAAACAUAUGCAAAUGAUCUAACAGAUAAGCAUAUAAAAAUUUUAUCUGAUAACUCAACAGCAGUACUUGUGUUGUCACACAUGGGUACUAGCCGUUCAAUUACUUGUAACAAUUUAUGUAAACAAAUUUGGUUUUGGUGCAUUGAACGUAACAUAUGGUUAACACUAGCACAUAUCCCUGGAAAACAAAAUAUUGAAGCAGAUAGGGAGUCACGACGCUCUGCUAAUACCUCUGCAGAAUGGAAAUUAAACUCUAAGAUUCUGCAGUCAUGUUUAACUGAUAUAGGUUUAACACCAUCAGUUGAUUUGUUUGCAUCAAGGCUCAAUAAACAGUUUGACAAAUUUGUAUCAUUCAAACCAGAGCCAGAGGCUUUUGCCAUCGAUGCAUUUACCCUUGACUGGUCCACUUACAAAUUUUAUGCCUUUCCGCCUUUCAGUCUGAUAACCAGAAUGCUAAAAAAGAUCCAAAUAGACCAAGCAGAGGGAAUUCGUGUGCUUCCAAACUGGCCUACACAACCUUGGUAUUCAAAGCCACAAAUUGAUGAAAUCAAAGCCAAUUUUACUGAAGCCAAGUCGUUGAUUGCUUCAGCUGCCUUCGAGCCCUUCUGCGAUUCAUCCCCUUUGCAACAACCUUCAUCUCGUGGUAUGUCUCUUAUCAGCCAAAAAAUAACAACCUCAGAAUUAUCCAGCUCCGCCAAGCAUAUUUUACUUUCCUCUUGGCGACCUGGAACCCAAAAACAAUAUAAUUCGUACCUUGAUCGCUGGAAAACAUAUUGUGCUCAAAACUCAAUUCAGGUUUUCAACCCUACCAUUGAGCAAUGUAUUGAAUUUUUAACCAGUUUAUUUGACAGUGGCCUUGGCUAUACUGCCAUAAAUACAGCGAGAUCAGCCCUUUCGUCUAUAAUUACUUUGUCAAUGGUUUAUCAAUAGGGGACAACCCUACUAUUUGUAGAUUUUUCAAGGGCGUUUUUGAGCUAAGGCCUGCUCUACCGAAAUACAACGCUAUAUGGGAUGUUGGUACACUCUUGGAUUACUUAAAUCAGCUUAACCCCAUUUCUAAAUUGAGUCUCAAAGAAUUAACACACAAAACAACAACACUCUUACUUUUGCUCACUGGUCAACGUUGUCAGACGAUUCACAGUAUAGAGCUCUCUGGCAUCCAAACUUUUCCGGAUUUGGUUCGCAUCACAAUUUUAGAACCAAUUAAAACAUCGAAACCUGGGAAACACGUUCAACCUUUGGAAUUAAAAGCGUUCCCUACUAAACAUAACCUUUGUAUCGUUUCACAUCUAACCGAAUGCAUAAAACGUACAUGUAUCUUUAGAGGUUCCCAUAGGAAACUCUUUUUAAGUUAUCAAAAGCCACACAACCCGGUUUCUCGAGAGACAAUUUCUCGGUGGGUGAAAUCAACCAUGAAAUUGGCUGGCAUAGAAACAAAUGUUUUUACGGCACAUAGCUGCAGAUCUGCCUCGACUUCAGCAGCCAAUGCAUCUGGCCACUCUUUGCGUGAAAUUUCCAAAUCUGUGGGUUGGUUCAAUGCAACUACUUUCGCAAGAUUUUAUGAUAAACUUUUAAUUUCGGACAACUUUGGACAAUCAGUUUUGAGUAAUUUAGAACAUUAACGAAUUAUUUAGCCUACUAACAUUUCUUAUCAAUAUAAUUUUCAUUAACAUACCAUAUUGUUAUACUGUGUUGGACCUGAAACUUUAGUCCUUUUUCCUUUGCCACUUGACUUAGCCCUUGGGUUCGGAAUUACAGGGCUUUGAAGUCUCAUGGGAUUCCAUAGUGACGUAGCUGAUUAUAGAGAAGAAUUUAAAAAUUAAACGAGACUUACCCAGUAAGUUGAAGUUUGAUUGGAAUUCUUCUCUAUCAUCAGCAGGUACGGAGGAACUUCAACUUACUGGGUAAGUCUCGUUUAAUUUUUAAAUUUUACCACAUAUUCAUUGCACUACAGGAAAGUGCAGAAUACGCAGAAGAAAUAUCAAACCCCGUUAAGGCAAACGUAAAUGAGGAAAAAAAGUCCAUUACAAACAUUGUAGAAGUGAAACGGUUUAGUAACAAGAAUAAAGCAUUGCGAUUCAUUCAGGGGCGCAGUGGCUGGGGGGGGCAGGGGGGGCAGCCGCCCCCCCCUGGCAAAAUUUUUGUCGGAUUGUCGGAAAAUCCAACGUUUGUCGGAAAAUUUGAAAUAUUAGACAAAAUGUAAGGUUUUCAUCGAUCCUGUCUAAAAGGUCGCAUAUUUUUUAAACCUGUCGUAAAAUAGUGCAUGAUCAACCCUUCUUACUUAUUUUCAUUGGAGUAUUUCUCAGAAUCAUCGCAUUGCUGAAAUUUGUAAAGGAAAUUAACGCUCUGGUCUCAGUUAUUUUAUAAACUCCCAUUUCCGACAGUUAAAAUUCAACUCAGUUCAUUUCGAAAUGAAUUCGCAAGUGUUGUAGAAGACGCAAAAAGUUAUUAUUUUCGCCAUGACUUAGAAGAGGAAAAUUUUGUCGAGCGACGAAUACGCAGAAAGAAAAAGAUGCCAGGGGAAAAUUGCAUAGAUGAAUUAGAAGGAAAUAGGGAAUCCGUAUAUCAUCGUGAUAGUAGAUACAGCUAUCAACUCAAUGAAUACAAUAUUUACGUCUCAUAAGGCAAUUUCGACACAUUUUGCCUUGCUCAACCCUGAAUGUUUUCAAAAAACAAUUGAAAGGCAGUUGUGUGCAGUGUAAUUAAAAAAGGUUGCGAAGAAUUACGGCCUGGAUGACGAAAAAUUAAGAGAUGAGUACAGCUCUUUUGCCAAUAAUUACCGUAAAUUUUGGAAAGUUAGAGAAAAGAGCAACCCUCUCCCGGCUGCAGGAGAAAGAGAAAACUUUUCAGUUCCAUUCAGUUCUUGAGUUGAU